UUUUUUAUUCUUUUUAUUCUUUAUAUCAUUCCUUUUGCUUUCUCUUUGUUUUAUCAUCACUUUCUUAUCACUUUCACUUUGUUUCUUUUAUACUUUUAUUAUUACUUUUGCUCCUUCAUUAUCCUUUCAUCCCUUUUACAUUAUUUCAUCAUUAUUUUCGCUUCCUCAUCAUCUAUUUCAUCUCUUUACAUUUUUUCAUCAUCAUUUUCACUUCCUCAUCAUC